AUGACGAGCUUACGAGUGCUCACAUUGCUUAUAGUAGUCCUGUCGGUGAGACUCGGGUACUCGCAGGUCGAAACUAUACUUGACAGCAGUGAGUACGAUGACUUGGGGUUACCCACCGCGACCGAACGUAAACCCCAGAUUGCGGGUUUCCUCUCAAAUGACGGAACCGACCUCUACCCAUCGGUAUCGAUGUCUAACGAUGGUCCAUCGAUUGCGUACCAGCAGCGUCCGUCGAUCUCAAAUUACGGCAACAAUCCAUUCAUAGCCCGUGCCGAACAGUACCGAAAGGCGCACAGUGUGGGCUUACGACAGCAAACCCUGUCCUCGCAACAACAGCAACAGCAGCAUCAACAGCAACAGCAACAAGGAUAUGAUCCGCGGGACGGCACACCGUACACACGCGACAUCGCAGUGAAGCAAGGGAUACUGCGGGGUUUCGUGCGUGUGAUGCAUCCCCAGUCCGGGUUAAAGAAUGUCGAUCAGUUCCUUGGAAUACCGUACGCUGAGGCACCGGUCGGCUCGAGACGCUUCAUGCCGCCGAGUGCGCCGAUACCGUGGAACGGGCUCAAGAUGGCUACCAAACUGUCACCGGUAUGUCCACAGAAUCUUCCCAGCCUGAACAAUGCGAACAAUAACUACUCCAAGGGACGGUACGAUCAGAUCAAACGAUUACUGCCCUACCUAAAGGUGGAAAGUGAAGAUUGUCUGUAUCUGAAUCUAUACGUGCCAAGUUACGAUGGUAUCGGACCACAGACUAAGUAUCCCGUUAUCGUGUACAUCCACGGUGAAUCGUACGAGUGGAACAGCGGUAACCCAUAUGACGGGUCCAUCCUGGCCAGCUACGGUCAGGUGAUAGUGGUCACGCUUAACUUCAGACUGGGCAUUCUCGGUUUUAUGAAGCCCGGCAUCAGCGAUCAUACGACCAGCAACUUCGGCCUGCUGGACCAGAUAGCGGCCCUGCAGUGGAUCAAGGAAAACAUUGGUGCGUUCGGUGGGGACGCGAAGCUGGUGACGGUGAUGGGCCAGGGUACGGGUGCGGCUUGUGUCAACUUUCUGAUGGUGUCACCGGUAGCCAAGGGAUUGUUCCAUCGGGCUAUUCUGCUGUCGGGAUCGGCACUGUCCGAUUGGGCCCUGACGCAGCACCCGCUGCAGUCAACGAUGCAGGUCCUGCAGGGUCUGAACUGUCCACUGAACGGUGAAAACGACGAGGUGACGGCCUGCUUGCGCCGCAAGCGCUACAGCGAAAUACUCGGCGUUAAAACUGCGUCGCCCCAGUUUUCGACCCGGUUUGGGCCGAUCGUCGAUGGGCUGGUCAUACCCAAUAUGCCGCACAAAGUCAUGGGCCAGUACAGUGACAUUUUUAGUGGAUACGAUCUGCUGUAUGGCAUGACCGAGCUGGAAUCCUAUCACAUCCUGAAUGCGGUCGCGCUCACGUACGGGCUGCUGGAAAACGAACGAGACAAUUUAUUGCGAUUUUACAUGCAAAAUCGCUUCGAAAUACGUCCCGACCUGGCCCUCGCUGCUACAUUGCGCGAGUACACCGACAUCUACAUGGACCCGAACAAGGCACUGGCCGACGAGCAUCGGGACAACCUGCUGGAGAUACUGUCCGAUGCGCGCGUCGCUGCCCCGAUGGUCCAGACCGGUCUUUAUCUGUCGAAGGUCAACCCCAAGUGCUACAUGUACGUGUUUGGCCACAACAGCGAAGCGGGCGAGUACGGACGACUAUCGCAGAGCGUGGUAGGCGAGGACUUGGCGUACGUGUUCGGUGCCCCGCUUGGACAGGUGGGUCCAUUCCAGCACCAUUACAAUGCGCGCGAGCGAUUGUUUUCCGAGGCGGUGAUGAAGUAUUUUACCAACUUUGCCAAAACCGGCAAUCCGAAGGCACCGUGGAAGGAUCUAUUUUUGAAUCUCAACCCGGAAGAUUGGUCGUACUACGAUGUUGACUGGCCGGAGUACAACAGCAUCAACCAGAGCUAUUUGCACAUGGGCAUAACGCCGGUCGUGGGCCACCGGUACCGGCAGAAGUACAUGAAGUUCUGGAACGAAGAGCUACCGGAAGAGCUGAAGAAGAUUACCAGUUCGAAGGCGUACGCUCCGUACUCGGACUUCUUCAGUCCGCCGGGUGCUGGUAAGGGUAGCGUCGGUGCGGGCAUUGGUCGGAUUCGGGGUGGCACUACACCCCAUCCCGAUUAUCCUACCGGUCACAUUAACCUGUAUCCGAUCCACGUAGACAUCGAGCGUCCGACGGAGGAUCCGUUUAAGGAGCUGCUGUAUCAGAUGAAGGACCCUCUGGCUGGGCCCGGUAUGUACAAUGCUCCCGCCACGUCCUCUGCUGCUGCUAUACCGGAUAAGGGAGCAAGUCCUGCCCAGCUGGCUGCCGGUGUGGAUCAUCAGAAGCACCAAAAGCAUCUGAAACAAGUUCAACAGUCCGCGAAGGAUCCAUUUGGAUCACCGGGUGACGUAGAGCUGGAUGGAAGUGCGACGGAAAUCAUGAAAAGUGAAUCGACGCUCACUGUUCUGAUAGCAGUCGCCAUCGUGUUUCUGCUGUUUAACAUCGUCGUCAUCGUGGGGUAUCUCGUGCGCCGUCAUCUUGGCAAGGGUGGAGUGGGAGCUGGAGGGCGCAAGGUGAAACGAAAGUACGACGAUUCAAUGCUGGAGAGCGCGGCCGCCGUCGUGGUGUCCGGCGUGAGUCUCGGCGAAAAGGAAGACGGAUGCAAUCAGCUGCAUGCCCAUCACCAUCAUCAUCUGCAUCACGGUUCUUACCUGUUGGACGAGGCUGCAACGAUGAUGCUGAGGAAAUCGAAUUCGUACGAACCGGUGGCAAAGCAACCGUUUGGGGACGAUGUUCACGGACCGGUUUCGAUCGGUGUCGAUGCGGUCGAUUCGCAUACGAAGGUGUGUGAUUGGAUGGUGGCAUCGUCAGGCUGCCGGAUUCCACCGGUCGUGCCUCCGCACAAGAUCAGUGUUGCGAUUGAUGCUACACCACAAGCGCGUGGCAACAGUGUGCUACGGCAGGAACCGAUAGAGAUAACGAAGGCAAAAUCGUUUGAGUAUGGACCGACGGACGAAGUGGACUGUGCUGCCCGAGGUUGUCCUGGGGAUGACACGGUUCGGGAAGCUGAUUCGAGCGGUACCGGCAGCAGCUCUUCCGGGACUACGUCAUCCUGCUCUAGUUCAGCGGCCACCGAUGAGCUGAAACAGGCGAUGCCUGCUGGCAUUUAUUACAACUGUCCGGAAUAUUCGUUGCGACGGUUCGGUGCGGCCGAGGGUGGAGAAGAAGAGGUAACAAGCUUCAUCGAACCGGAGAUCCCGGGAGAUAUAAACGUAACGUCCCGUGAUGAAAGUACCGAAAAGGAUCUCCUUUCGCCUGAAGAAGCGCUUCGAGUAAUUCAGAGGAGGAAUUUCCCCAAAGUGCUCCCGGACCAUCCACGGUCCGGUGGAGUCGGAGGCGCAACGCUCGGUACCUCCAUGAAACGACGCUCGCUGCCUCCACAGUCACUGUACGGUCCGCUACCCCACGGUAGUCACAGUUUGCGUCGAGAUGCGUCUGGCGGUGGACGAUUGAUUCCGGCACCACCACCACGUAUCUGUUCCACCCUCGGUCGACCGGCAGCCGUUCGACAGGCGCGAACAAGCCACAACUUCAUCAGCUCACCACCGAUAGUGGCCGAGGAGCCACCGGUCGAAGAGGAACCUCCGAUCGCGCUGAACACGCUGCACGUGGGCCCAUUGUUACCGACACACCAGGAAAGCACCUACAUGACAAUAUCUCGCCAGAACUCGGUGGACUCGGAGGGUGAUCCAAGCUCGCUGGCGAACGAAUCACAGACAGAGCACGAACACGUUGCGGAUGACGUCGAGGAACAACCACCGGUCGACAUCAUUUGUAUAGAGCAUAAGCCGGAAAACCACUACAGCUACGUGCGGCCAGUUGGCUUAAUGCGAACACCGUCCUCAUUUAAGUGUUUCGAUACACCACGAACGGGUAGUGGGGAAAUGCGAAGUGCGGGCGAUGGUGAAACGUUGCAGCCUGCGCCAUGCGAUGGAGACGCCCAGCUACCCGUACGGGAUAAGUUUAGUUCCGAUUCUUCCGCUACCGACACGACAUCCGGGAGUACCGGCACGAUAAAGAAACUGUAA